AUGCGAUCAACCGCUUUUGUUGUUGUGUGUGCGCUGGGACUGAUAGUGGCUGCUUCGGUGGCCUCGCCCUCCCCAAUCUACGACAUCCAGCUGGAUUGGAAGAACGCGUUGCUACCGUGCACGUGUGUUAAUGGGACAGUGGACUGCUCGUACCGUAGGAAGACCAGCAUUGAAACGGAAGAUGUUUGUGAUGUCGCUCCUACUGCGUUAAAUCUUUAUAAUAAUUUGUUCGUUAGUUUUCCGGACGGAUUUACGUCGGUUGUGAUAGUCAAUGCGUCAAGGAAUCGACUCGGCACGUUGCCUCAAGCUUCGCGGUUGAAUCCGCUGCUUACGGUAUUGGAUUUGUCUCGCAAUGUGAUUUCAGACGCCACCAAUGAACUGCGAGAGCUAUCGUCUUUGCAGACGCUCAUCCUAAGGGGCAAUAGACUCUCUCACUUACGGUUUCUGCCUGAAGUGUGCGAUUUAAAACGCUUGGAUGUAUCUUACAACUCGCUCGUUGGGUUAGAGGGUCCAUUAAGUCAGUGUACUCAAUUAAAAGAAUUGAAUUUGAUAAAUAAUGAAUUGACGUCGCUCACCAAUGGCAUUUUCGAUCGAAUGAGUCAGUUAGAGGUUUUGCGUUUGGAUGACAACCCAAUAGGCAAUUCUUUGUCGUCGCAAAUUUUUGACAGUCUCGGCAAUCUCAAAAGGCUUGAACUUUACAAUAAUGAUUUUACAAGUAUUCCACGUGGUAUAUUCAAGUCGUUAUCUAAAUUGGAAACAUUGGAUAUUGGAUUAAAUGAUUUGUCGUCACUUUCAGGAGACAUAUUUUCAUCUCUCGGAAACCUCAAAUCCUUAGGAAUGGUACGCGCUAACAUGCAAACAUUCCCAACGGGAAUCUUUUCUCCUAUCCCACAACUGGAGAACUUAUAUUUGUCUGUAAAUUUCUUUUCGACAUUACCAUCUGAUGCCUUUAUUCAUUUGAACAACCUCAAAACGCUGACUCUGGACUUUUUAAACGCCACAACACUUCCUGAAAACUUCUUUACAAAUUUAACAGAACUGCAGGUUUUGUCGCUUUAUGGAAAUCACCUAACAUCUCUUCCGGACGAUCUUCUGUCUGGGUUGAACAAACUAGAGAAGGUAGACGUAUCUGCGAAUAGAUGGACUGAGCUUCCCUUACAGCAAUUGAGGAAUGUGAAGCAGCUGUCGCUGGGUUAUCUUGGAAUUAAUUCUCUCGAACCACGGAUGUUUGUGAGCACCCCACGUGUGAAUAUGCUUUUUCUGUAUAGUAAUAACAUUUCUUAUGUAGCAGAAAAUGCAUUCGACGGAAUUGCUUUAGAAGUGUUGUCAAUUGAUAACAAUGCAAUAAGAGAAUUGCCACAGAAUGUCUUCCAGACUCAAGUGCAUUUGAAAUUCAUCGAUUUAUCUCGCAAUUUUCUCGUCACCCUUCCGGAGGGAAUUUUUUCCGGUAUGCACAAUCUCUUAGUUCUUGAAGUGGGGAGUAACAAGAUACAGGCGCUGCCUGACCAGGUUUUCCAGCCGCUGACUUCGCUACAGGUCUUGGACCUGUCGCGCAACGAGCUUACUGCGCUGAGUGACGACUUGUUCACUAACCUCCGCUCGCUGCGUAAACUCGUCCUGGACAGGAACCACCUGACGGUGUUGCCAAGUGUCUGGCACCCUCACGCCGCGCAGCGACACGUGUCGUUGAGAAGCAACGCUAUCUCGCAGCCGGACCAGGGGACGCUGCGACUCUGGUUGAGUGGAGAAGGUCAGCUCGUCUUGGACCUUUCGGACAACGCCAUGCGCGUGGGGGCGGACGCGCUGUCGCCCUGCGACUGCGGCCUCGUGCGACGCCGGCGCGCGCUGCUGCGUCUCUGCGUCAACGCCUCCUGCCCCGGCACGCAGCAGCAGCAGCAGUCAACGGGGCCCGGCUGGGUGGACGCCAUUCGCAGUGCCCGCGACUAGGCUCUGCGCUCGGCGAAACUUACUGCCAACGCAAGAAGCUCCAUUUAUUUGGAGGAUUUUUGGAACCUGGGAUCCAUCAUAUCCUAUAUUUAGGUUCCCCAGACUUCAAAUUCUCUCACAUUCGAAUGCCCCCAACCCUCAGUUCACCGCACACAGAAUUUCUAAAUUUCUGUAUUCGCCAAACUCCGAAAUCCACAUACACUGGAUUCCCCUAACCCUCGAUUCCCAAUGUCUUAAUAUAUUUAUUUUCGUUCUACCUGUGGUCUUUCUAAGUUUUCUGGUUUACAUGCUGACAAUUUUGGAUUUCGCCAUUCCGUUGACAAAUUAAGGUUACAUUACUGUGUCUCGUUUAAUUAGUUUCGAUGAAGAUGUGGGAUUUUAAUUUUAAUUUAAAUUUUUGGGAAUAGACUGGUAAGAUGUGAACUGUCGAGCAAUGGGAAGAAAAAAAGGAAUGAUUCUACACGGAAGUAUUAAUUUAGGCAGGUUUAAGCAUAUUUCUGGGAAUUUUGAUUUGUUUCGAAUUGGGAUGUUUGAUGUUCCUCGUAGAUGGAAUUUACGAGCGGAAUGAGGGGAGGAAAGAACUGAAAUUAUUUGCUACAUUUUUAUAUGUACUGAAACGGAUCGACUUCAAGUUCUCUGUGAAUUUGAUGGUUAGGUUUGAAAUAAAUCUUGAAUUGACUCGCUCGGAUCUUUAUUUUCGACUAUUUGCAUUUUUGUGUAGUUGUAAGUGCUGCGUUUCCCUAUAUCACCAAGCGUAACGUAGUUUUAGUAGAAAAAUGUAUUUGUAUGCAGGAACGUUGCAUUUGGUAUUAUUUGUUAAUUGUUGGUUUAUGAGUUGGUAAAGUUUUAAAAUUUUGGCGUAGGAUUUGUGUAUUACUGGGUGAUUAUGGGUUUUUAAGUCAAAGUUUCUUGUGUAUCAAUACUCCGAGACAAUUUAUUUGUUCGCUGUUUCAAGUUAUUUUAUUGGUCACUAUUUUUAUACUAACAGGAUUUUGCGUUGUGUUAUAGAGUGAAUAUUUUGGCCUGGCAUUUUUGAGGAUUGAUUGGGGUUCUCCAUUGUUUACUAUCUCCCCCCCCCACAUUUUCCCGUGGGUCAUAAUUGCUUCUAUUCGUACAAUUCAUACAAAUCGAGGCGCGACGGGUAGGGGGGUGCCGGGGAGUGGGGGAUCAGGGUCCGGGGAGUGGGUGGACGAAGCGUAAAUUAAUACCUGAACAACGCCCAUCGUCCAACGUUCUUCAGCUGGUUCAUGAAUAAUGAGGAGAGUACUAAAGCUGGAUAGUUCUAUCUGCACAGUGUUAGCUGAAGAACUUUCUAGCUAGCCACGUAUUUUGCGAGAGGCAAACGCGUGUAAUGGACGGCAUAGGGAUUCAAAAACCGUCAUCCAUCCAAAAAUCUCAAAAAUAAGUCAUGAAAAAUUUAGUGCCAGAAUCCUAAAUAAAAAAGAAGAAAGGUUUUGUUAUUUUUCUGGGCCUUUAAUACGGAGCAGAGAACAUCCAAAAUACAACAAAAAUGCGCGCUAACGAUCUCUCGCCUUAAGUCAACACCGCAGCAACUAGCCCUUUUACUUGUGUAUCGUACUUGUGUACAAGAACUACAAAUAAGGGGCAAAGAAAGGUUGAUUAUUCACUGCAACCGGUUAUUGAUGAUAACAAUAUAUUAAUAUUAUUUAUUGUUAUCUUAUUUCUUUACUUCUGCCUUUGUUUCAUUGCCCAAAGUAUUACGUAUUAAAAAACACUAAAAAUGCCAACAUAAAUUGAGAAAAUUUAAGUGUGGGAGUGACACGUGGAUGUUUAAAAGUAAUGUUUCUUGAGAUUUUAUUUCAUUCUGCUUAAAAUAUAGUAUCAUCCUUUUUAUUCCCUGCUUAAAAGGUAUCAGCUAGGUUUCUUUGUAAUAUUUUUCUAGGAGUCUGUGUUUUAAACGUAUCUCUUUUGAUAUGUCCUGAGAACGUUAACAGAAGUGUCCAGUAGUAUAUGUCAGCAAAGCAAAAUCGAUAAUUUCGACGUGUUAAGGGAAAUGUAAUAUAUCUGUAAAUUAAAUUUUGUAGUGUGUAAUUGUUGGUUGGAAUUGAAAUAUUUUUUUCAGAGAUGUAUCUUCCAUCAUAGGCAUUAUUGAUUAAAACAAUUGUAAUAAGAAUUACCAAGACACAUUACUGUGAUAAUUAAUAGAUUUGAUGAGUGAUAAUAAUAUACAUUAUAUAGUUAUAAAAAAAGGAACAUUGAAAACGAGUCUGUAAAUUAAUGUAUGUUUUACUGAGUUGUUAAAACGUUCUUCAAAAAUUAAAGCUACGAGUAGACUUCAAAUUUAGCUAAAAACGUUUUAUGAACACACCUAAAUAUUAAUAAUAUAAUAAAUAUUACAAGAUGUGAUAUCUCUUUUAUUUUCGAAAAUUUUAUUUUGUUUAAAUUAAGAAGUGAAUAAUUUUAAAUGAAAUAAAACAAGACAAUGUAUUAUGAAAAAACUAUUCGAUUUUUUUAAAAUCCUGUUUUGAAGACAGCUCCAUUUUGAAGAAACGUCAUUUACUAAGUUUAAAUUAAGUUUAUAGUUAAUAUUCGUAAAAUAUAUUAAUUUAAAUUCAUCGUUUCCUGCAAAAAGUAUCGAUAAAACACACGUGUAAAUUGUUCGUGAAUUUACACGACCUUCUACCAGUAGCCCAGGUAGUAGUAAUUGCUGAGGUGGAAGAUUUCAGAUAAUUAAAAUUGACAGAACAUUCAUGUUCGCCAAUAGACAAUUUCCUCCUCUUUUCGCGUAAGGUUAGCAACUCAAUCUGCUCUACUAAGAGUGUUCUAAAGACACCAUUUAUUAUGAAAAGUAAAAUGUUUUUGUCUACUUGCCUAAGAAAUGAUCAUUCAAAAGUGAAGCUAAAGCUGGCAUUCAGCUAAACGCAUUGCAUUGAAAAUACUGCUCAAAAGGUGUCCAAUCAAACAUACUGAAUUUUCUGCACAUUAAGAACCAUCAUCAAUUAAUCUUGAUAUUUGUAUGGAACAACCGUAUGAUUGUUUUUUUAAUUCAGAGAAAGAAUUAUAAAUAUUGCCUAAUUGGUUACCAAAUUAUGCGCAAACUUAUCCAUACCUUCCUUAAUACAUCAAAAUAAUUAUUCGAGAAUCGUAUUCUGUACUAGUUGAAAAAUAGUGUUGAAAUACUUUGUGAAAGUCUCCAAUUGAUUAAAUGCAAUGAUACUGUCGAAAUAUUAAAGUUAAUAUAAUGGCAUUCCUUUCAAUGAAUUCCAUACCUCAUUCUCAAAUGAUUCAUUAUUUUCAAUGACCUUUACACAGUGUUCGUCCUCUUUACCUUUGAUGUAGCUUCAUGUAUUUCUUUAACACAACCAAGGCUAUUAACAUUUCAGUCUUUAUGAUACUAUUGUUCCCAUAAAGCAGCCGUGAUUCUAUAGAAGUUCUGCGUAAUAAAUGGAGAGACACUCUGAGUAAGUGACCUUCAAGAGCAAUUAUUUAUAACAGAACCCACAGAGACCAUAAUUUCUCUUAUUUGUAAGUUCCUAAUUGAAAGGUUUUCAUGUUGGAUAUUUUACAUUGGAAUUGGUGCAUUUAUCUUAAGCUCUUCAUUAAUUAUUUUUAUUUUUAGCGAUCAUGGGAAGUGCUUCUAUUUAUUUGUAGUAAUGUUCAUCUCAAAGUAUUAUCUAUCAAUGUAUUUUGCGUGUUCUAUUUGUAGAACGACCAUUGAAAAUCACAAAUACAGAUUAGCUUUACUCUCCAUGGACUCGUUUAUUAUUUUAAGAUUAUCUGAAUAUAUUAUGGACUUAUUAACGAACAGUACAUACAAAUACGUAUGAAUGUCGUAGUCAAACCCCUUAGCUUAGAAUAAAAGGCAUCUGAUUGUAAAUAAACAAGUGGGUAUAAAUUAUGCAAAUACAGAAUAUUGGAUUAUAUGUUAAAAUUCUGCAUACUAGUAAACAUCCAUUUUUCCAUCAUCUUUCGCUAACGAAGCUUCCCGCUCCAGUCAAAG